GCUUGCACCAGCCAGCGUUCCAGAGGCAGCAGAGCAAAAGACAACAACUCCAGACUCCACCGACAGCGAGGGCGAGCUAGCUCGAUUACUUCCUUGAAAGAUCCAUGGCGCGGCAUCUGCGAUCUGCAGCGGCGGCGGUCGCGGCCGUCGCCGUAGUAGUAGCCGCCGUCCUUGCCAGCCCGGCGGCUGCGCAGGGCGCCACGCCGGCGGCGGACGACGCGCCGCCGUACAGGAACCACACCGUGGGCGGCGCCGACGGGUGGUUCUUCAACGCGAAGACCAACACCACGUCGGGGAACUACUCGUCCUGGGCUGCCGGCGAGACCUUCUACAUCGGCGACUACCUCAUAUUCAAGACGAACGCCAACUCGUCGGUGGUGCAGACCGCCAACUCCACCUCUUACGCGCUGUGCGACCCCAGCGAGGAGGACCCGUCACCCACCACCUUCAUAUAUGGCGGCGGCGGGGGUGGUGGUGGCGGCGCCGUCGAGGAGGCCGACACCCUGGCUGUCCCGCUCACCUUCAAGGGCGAGAACUACUUCUUCUCCGAAGCCGAUGGCGGCGUGCAGUGCCAGCAGGGCAUGCGGUUUGAGAUCAAGGUCGCCCACGGCCGAGGCCUGCCGCCAGCGCUCGCGCACCCGCCUCCGCCCCCCAAGGAGCGCGUGCUAGCGCCGCCACCUGCCGGGACAGCCUUCUCAGGCAUCGGGACGAUCGAGCCUGGAGACGGCGCCGGCGACAACGGCGGCGAGGGCAGGAGCGGAGCUGCGGCGGUGGGCAGCCGGUUCUUGGGGGUAGCUUUCGGGAUGGCUUUAGCAGCUUUUGUUGCAGCCUGAGUUGGUGGUGGCGACGCACUGUCGGUGGUGGCGACGCACUGUCAGACUUAGAACUUUUACCAUUUGUUAUUUAAAUUUGUGAGAUUGUAUUUAAUUUGAUUCGUGACCUAAUUUUGGUGGAGCAAUGAACUGAUCAUUCGGUGCAGUUUACUGGAAAUUUUAUUCCUUGGUUACACGGAUGUGAUAUUCA